AUGUCUCACCGCAAGUACGAGGAGCCUCGUUCGGGUUCGCUGGCCUUCCUUCCCCGCAAGCGUGCUGCCAUGCACCGCGGUCACAUCAAGUCGUUCCCUAAGGACGACGCGACGAAGCCCGUGCACCUCACUGCCGCCCUCGGCUACAAGGCCGGCAUGAGCCACGUCGUUCGCGACCUUGACCGCCCCGGCUCCAAGAUGCACAAGCGUGAGGUCGUCGAGGCCGUCACCGUUGUCGACACUCCCCCCAUGGUUGUUGUCGGUGUCGUCGGCUACGUCGAGACCCCCCGUGGCCUCCGUGCUCUCACCACCGUCUGGGCGGAGCACCUCUCCGACGAGGUCAAGCGCCGCUUCUACAAGAACUGGUACCGUUCGAAGAAGAAGGCCUUCACCCGCUACGCCAAGAAGCACUCGGAGAACAACGGCGCCUCUGUCGCCCGCGAGCUCGAGCGCAUCAAGAAGUACGCGACCGUCGUCCGUGUCCUUGCCCACACCCAGCUCUCGCAGACCGGCCUUGCCCAGAAGAAGGCCCACCUUGCCGAGAUCCAGGUGAACGGUGGCUCGGUCGCCGACAAGGUCGAGUUCUCCAAGGGUCUCUUCGAGAAGACCUUCUCUGUCAAGGAGGUCUUCGAGGAGAACGAGUGCGUCGACGUUAUCGCCAUUACCAAGGGUAAGGGUUACUCGGGUGUCAUCUCUCGUUGGGGUGUCACCAAGCUUCCUCGCAAGACCCACCGUGGUCUCCGCAAGGUCGCCUGUAUCGGUGCUUGGCACCCGUCCAACGUCAUGUACUCGGUCGCUCGCUCGGGUCAGGACGGUUACCACCGCCGUACCACGAUCAACCACAAGAUCUACCGCAUCGGAUCGGCCACCGACCCCAAGUCGGGCUCGACCGACUUCGACCUCACCGAGAAGUCGAUCAACCCCAUUGGUGGCUGGUCGCACUACCCGGACAUCCGUGGCGACUUCGUCAUGCUCAAGGGCUCGAUCCCCGGUGUCAAGAAGCGUGUCGUCACCCUCCGCAAGGCCCUCCGCGUCCACACCUCGCGUGCCCACCUCGAGAAGGUCCAGCUCAAGUUCUACGACACUUCGUCGCAGCUGGGCCACACCCAGUGGCAGACCAAGGAGGAGAAGGCUCAGUUCCUUGGCCAGCUCAAGAUCAAGAACUAA